UCCACUUUAUAUUUUUGAAUAAAAAAUCGUUGUAUGGGCUUCGUCGUUUUAGCCGCUGUUCUUGCUCCCCGCCGCCAUUGAUCUAUACGGUCGGAUAAUGCUUUCUUCCCGGACCUCUCAACGCCUCAGACCCUUUCUUCUCCCCCACCUAUUCUCCUCACUCCCUCACUUUGCUCGCACCAAACCCACUUCACUUCCCAAUCCCACAGACCCAAACCCAAAACCAUCUUCACCAAUUUACGACCACACCACUGUCCGUGACACCCUCUCUUCUUACGGCAAUGAUUGGAAGAAAGCCCUCGACUUUUUCAACUGGGUCUCAACUCAACCCCACUUCCAACACACCACCGAAACCUACAACAAACUUCUCGACAUCCUCGGUAAGUACUUCGAGUUUGAGCUUUGUUGGGACUUAGUGCACAAAAUGAAACACGACCCAGUUUGUGUUCCCGACCACACCACAUUUCGUAUAAUGUUUAAGAGAUUUGUGUCUGCACAUCUUGUAAAAGAAGCUAUAGAUACUUAUAAUAAGUUGGAUGAGUUUGGUUUGAAGGAUGAGACUGGGUAUUGUAAUCUCAUUGAUGCUCUUUGUGAGAAUAAGCAUGUGAUUGAGGCCCAAGAGUUGUGUUCUUGGAAGAGCAAAGAGUUGGGUUUCGACAGGAGUACUAAGUUGCAUAAUAUGAUUCUUCGGGGGUGGUUUAAAAUGGGGUGGUGGGGAAAGUGUAGGGAUUUUUGGGAAGAGAUGGAUAGGAGAGGUGUUUGUAAAGAUGUGCAUUCGUAUUCGAUAUAUAUGGAUAUAAUGUGCAAGAGUGGGAAGGCGUGGAAGGCGGUGAAGUUGUAUAAGGAGAUGAAGAGGAAAAGGAUCAAGCUGGAUGUGGUGGCGUAUAAUACGGUUAUUAUAGCUGUUGGUGUUUCUGAGGGUGUUGAUUUUGCAAUUCGGAUCCUGAGGGAGAUGAAGGAAUUGGGAUGUGAUCCCAAUGUUGCGACGUAUAAUACAAUUAUAAAGCUUUUGUGUGAGAAUAUAAGAGUGGGGGAGGCAUUCUCAAUGCUUCGAAUAAUGUCUAAGAACAGUUGUGGCCCGGAUGUUAUUACAUACCAAAUCCUUUUUAAGUAUCUGGAGAAGCCAAAUGAGAUUCUUAGGCUGCUUGAUAGGAUGAUUGAUAGUGGGGUUCAGCCGAGGAUGGACACUUACGUGAUGAUUAUGAGGAAGUUUCGGAGAUGGGGCUUCCUUAGACCGAUGUUUAUUGUGUGGCAGAAGAUGGAAAAACUAGGGUGUAGUCCUAAUGAGUCUGCUUACAAUGCUUUGAUAGAUGCUCUGGUUGAAAAGGGUAUGUUAGACAUGGCCAGAAAGUACGAUGAAGAGAUGAUAGGUAAGGGGCUUCCAACUAAGCCAAGGGUGGAGUUGGGGACGAAAUUGGUGAGUAAUGAAUCUGGUGAAGGGUAAUUGCAACGUAUUUCGAUGCUUAUGUUGGUAUCUGGAAUAUCUGCCAUUUCCACCGGCAUUUUUGCUUCGAAAAGUGAAGUGAAGCUAAGGAAUACUAUCUGAGUAGUGCAUUCAGGGCUGAAAGAUAUGGAUUCCAGGGGAUACAUAGAUAUUAUGAGCAUGUGCAACUGAUAACUUGGUUACAAUGAUGGAAAAGUUUGGAGUAUCUGCUGGUUUUUAUUGACCUUUUCGGCAGUACCAAUUUAGAGAUCUGAACCAGCUGACAGAAUGGUAAAUUGUUGAAGCCUUUUCUGCAUGGCAGAAGGGUCAGUUCUGGCAACAAAUCCUCAAUAAUAUGCUUCAACCGGUUCUGAAACAGAGGUAUGCAAAUUGAAUGUAGCCCAUAUAUUUGUCGACCUUCUUUUUGUUAAUGGCUUGGGAAAGUUUCUUAAUUUAAUUUCCGGGGACAUAAUUGCUCUUCAUUUUUGCCUCUAACUCUGACUGAAUCUGGUGGACAGUCUUUGCGAGUUAGUCUGUUGAUCGUUAUAUGACUAUCACACCAUUACCUCAUAAGAAAUUUCUUUAAUCGAAUCUUAUGAGUAAUGAAUUUAGGUAGGGAUUCAUUUUUGCUUUACAGGUGACUGUUAGCUUGAAGAUCGCUCAUUCAGUCAUGUGUUCGUACAGUUGAAUCUUUACAAUUGGCAGCCUAGAUUAGAUUCUAUUUUCUUUUAUUUGUUUUCUUCAUAUGCCAUCUGAUGCACCUGUGACUACUAUUUUUGAUGUAAAUUGUUG